AUGACACAGAGGAUCAGUGGACAUAUCAUGUCCACCACCUUGCAAGGUCAGUGUAGCCGCGCAUUGUUGGGCGGCAACACAUCAAUGUACUCAACAAAGUCAACCAUUGAGAUGGCUCAAGAUAUGAAAAGCUUCUUGGAGAUCAAGGACAGAAAGAAUCUACAAGUGUCCAACGAAGAUUGGCUAGUCCUGUUACGGAGUCGCGCCACAGCUGGUCUUCCAGCAUACAUGAACUUUGAGAUCGUGUCAGUGAAUGAUAGCUCGAUACAUGCCAGUAUGCUCAUUGGUGAACAUCAUAUGGCAGCCAAUGGAUUCAUUCAUGCAGCUAGUUUGAUUACUUUGGCUGAUACUACUUGUGGAUUUGGAUGUUUCUCCAAGCUACCAAAGGGCGCUACAGGAUUCACAACGAUUGAGUUAAAGACCAACUUCUUGGGCACAUCCAAAGCAGGUGCAUUGCUAACUUGUGAGGCGCGUCUUGUACAUGGUGGACGUACGACUCAAGUAUGGGAUGCAACCAUCACCGACUCUACCACCAAGUCAACACUUGCACUAUUCCGCUGUACAGAGUUAAUAAUGUAUCCCAAGCCAACGACUACUACUACUCCAUCCAACUAA